GUGCCACUCACUUUUCCAAGACAUCUAUCAUCUUCCACUCCAAUUCUAUCGGACCAUCAAGAAAGGUUUGACACGUGGAACCGUGAUAACCCUCAAUUGUACAAUACGCACCCAAAGCGUAUUUUAUCAAACACCGCCCCUCCUGCCGCCACUUCCGACUCUGACCAAACUCAUCACCAAUUAAUAAAAAUUAACAUGUCACUCCUUUCAUUAACACCGCCUCAGAUCCACUCUCAUGCGCACUUUAGCCCCACCCCCUUUCCCAUGUCCAUCCUACGCCGCUUCAAUCUAAACCCCACCAACCACCGUCUCCGUCAUCGACUCGCAACCCUUUCCGCUGCCGUACGUCAAGACACCACCGUCUGGACUCCAGCUCCUCUCUCCGAGAUCGAACCCGCCGCUGAGUCUCUCUUCCACGUCUCCAUCGACGUUUCCGACUCGCCGGACCUUGCCACGUCACACACACGCGCCGGACAAUAUCUUCAGCUUAAAGUCGGUGAUUCGCCGAAACCGUCGUUUCUUGCAAUCGCAUCGCCACCGAAGCUUGCAAUUAAGCUUGGUGUGUUUGAGUUUUUGGUGAAGAGUGUGGUGGGGUCCACCGCAGAAGCGUUGUGUGGGUUGAAGAAAGGGGAUGUUGUUGAGCUUAGUCCGGUAAUGGGGAAUGGGUUUGAUAUUAGUCGGAUCGACCCGCCCGAGAAAUUUGGAACUGUCCUUGUCUUUGCUACUGGAUCCGGAAUUAGUCCAAUUCGGUCACUCAUUGAGUCAGGAUUUGAUGCUGGCAAGAGGUCUGAUGUGAGACUAUUUUAUGGGGCCAGAAACCUGAAGAGAAUGGCUUAUCAGGAGAGAUUUGAAGACUGGGAAUCUUCCGGUGUCAAGAUUGUACCUGUAUUGUCUCAAGCAGAUGAUAGUUGGACCGGAGAAAGUGGCUUUGUACAGGCUGCAUAUACGAGAGCAAAGGAAUUAUCCAACCCUUCGUCAACUGGUGCUGUACUUUGUGGUCAGAAACAGAUGACUGAGGAAAUUACAUCUAUUCUUGUUGCUGAUGGAGUGUCAGCUGAGAAGAUACUAAAGAACUUCUGACCAAAAUGGAAUUUUGGCAUUGUUGUAUCAUUUUUUGAAUUAUGCCUUUGCUGAGGAUCAAACAUCUCAGCAUGGAAUGUAAAAUAAACAAUUUUGGAAAUUAAUUUAUAUAUCACUUUUGCAGUUCAAAUAUAGGACAGAAACCCACACCUUUUUUCUUCUUAAAAAAAGUGGAAGGGUCUAUUUACUGUACUCUGGACAAAUGUAGAUCUUGUUAUAGGAAACUAUGCAUUAUUAGAGAGGAAAUCAUCAAUAUGUUGAAACAAACUUAUGGUUGCU